AGGGAGUGCCGUUAUAAAGGCAAGACUCCCGACCGAGAACUCAACAACUCGUCUCAACGUCCCAGCGGCGACGAGGGGAUGUGACCAACACGUAUUACAGCAAAGGAAGGAAAGCAAAGUGUGCAGAUAAGCAGAAGAGACCUCCAGAAUAAUAAUAAGAAGAAGGAGAAGAAAGGAGGAGGAACCACGAAGCGAUACAAAUCAAUACAGGUCAAAAGGAGGUGGCCCGUGCCCCCUCACGCCUCUUACCAUCUCGCCAUCAUUUCCACACUUUACCGAGGCCUGACCUUCCGACCAUUGCUUGGGUGACCUGGGCUGUGGGACUUGUGUGUUGUGACCUGGUUUGACGUGACCUGCCCCGCCUUAAUCUGGUCAACCGUGUCAUACCUGACCUCCAGUGCCCCGUGACUCCUGCUCGGAGGCUCGGCCAGACAGACCACAUCACAGCCAGCAUGAGUGCAGCCAACAUGACGGCAGGAGACAACCCCACCAACAAGGCCAUGGGAGAGAAGGGCUCGCAGGCCAACCCCAUGGAGCAGUACCUGAUCCUCGCCAAGCAGGCCAAGGGGGCGGCGGCGGUGCAGCUCGUCAAACAGGUCCUGGAGGCGCCUGAGGUCUAUGUGUUUGGCGAGCUCCUGGACAUGCCGAACAUCCAGAGUCUCAAGACAAACUCCCAACAGGCGCCAUACUACGAGCUCCUACAGUUGUUUGCGUACGGCGUCUACGGCGACUAUGUGAAAGAGUCUGCCAAGUUCCCGAGCCUGACGCCCACCAUGCUCACCAAGCUGCGCCACCUCACCAUCGUCUCCAUGGCAACGGGGCAGAAGAGCAUCCCCCUGGCCACCCUCGGGACCCAGCUCGGCCUCUCGUCCACCCGCGAGCUUGAGGACCUGAUUAUUGAGGCCAUGUAUACAGACAUCAUCCACGGCAAACUGGACCAGAAGAACGGCAUCCUGGAGCUGGACCAUGCCAUCGGCCGCGACAUCAAACCCGAGGACCUGCCCAACAUUGUGGCCACGCUCCAGUCCUGGUGUGAUACGUGCGACACCAUGCUCUCCAACAUUGACCAGCUCAUCACCCGCGCCAACACCGACAAGGAGCACCACCUCAAGCACCGCAACUCCCUGGAGGCUGAGGUGCUGAACAUCAAGGCGUCGCUCAAGACCCAGGCGCAGGAAGGGGAUGAGGCGCUGGUCUCAGACUCCCGUGACCAUGACAAGAAGAGGCCAGGGAAGAAGGGCAUCCGGGCUUCCUCCUCCAAGUUCUGGCCCAAGAACUAACAGCGGCACCAACCCUAGAACCUCAAUUCUUAGCCCGUUCAGUCUUGACCUCAACUCUUAGCCCGUUCACUCAACCUCAACUCAUAGCCCGUUCACUCUUAACCUCAACUCUUAGCCCAUUCACUCAACCUCAACUCUUAGCCCGUUCACUCAACCUCAACUCUUAGCCCGUUAAUUGAUCACAAAUGCAUUGAUAUAUAAAUUAUGAAAUGGUUUGCGUGAGUGAUGAUUUUUUUUUUUUUUUCCCCCUGCGUAGAGGGAAGGGCCUUUAAAAACAUGAUCCCCGCAGCUACCAGGUUAAGUAUCAGCCUCAGCAGUUCCUCUCCCCUCCCCGCUCCCUUUCUCCCUUCUUACCCAGCAGUAUAGGAUAUUUAUUGAAUGGCAUAUUUAUGUGUAUCAGUCAUUGUGAAUUAUGUUUUUAUUUCUCUUAACAAUACAGGAAGGAUUCAAUUUUCA